GAUCAAAGUUCUGAUCGUACCAGUCUUUCUUCAGUGGGAGCCCAGGAUUCUGAAUCUACCUCUUUGACAGAUGAAGAUGUUUGCCAUGAGUUGGAAGGAGCCGCUUCUUCCCAAGAGAGCAGUACCACUUCAGGGACCAAGGGGAUUGAUCUCAGCCGGACAAGCCUGGGAAGUUCUGCCUCCUUAGAAGGAUCCCUUUCAAAGUUCACCUUACCUGGGAAAUCAGAAGUGACAUCUCCCCUCAAUACCAGUAAUACAAAUAUCUUCCAGAACUAUGCAAUGGAGGUUCUCAUCUCAAGCUGUUCUCGGUGUAGAACUUGUGAUUGUCUUGUCCAUGAUGAGGAGAUCAUGGCUGGAUGGACAGCAGACGACUCCAAUCUCAAUACCACCUGCCCAUUCUGCGGCAACCUUUUCUUACCCUUUCUGAAUGUGGAGAUAAGAGAUUUGAGACGACCUGGAAGGUACUUUUUGAAGUCAACUCCAUCCACAGAAACUAUGCACUUUUCGUCCUCUUUUUCAAGUCAGACAAGGCAGUCUUGCAUUUCAACAUCAGCCUCUGGUCUUGACACAUCUGCUAUCCCUAUUCAAGGGAAUUUUAAUCUAAGUAGCAAAUGUAAACUGCAGGAAAAUUCCUGUGCCCGAAGUAUUCAGAUCCCUGCCAACAGAUCAAAGACAGCCAUGUCAAAAUGUCCCCUAUUCCCAGUGGCCAGGAGCAUUGGUACUUAUGGGCCCUUGGAUAAGGAAGACACUGGAGGACAGAGAAUCCUUCCUACAGGCAGCCUACCAGCUACUUUACAUGGAGCAACAGACUCUUUAGGAUUAGAAUGGCACUUUCCAAGUCCAGAUCCAGUCACUGUCCCAUAUCUUAGUCCAUUAGUGGUAUGGAAGGAGCUUGAAAGCUUGUUGGAAAAUGAAGGUGAUCAUGCAAUAACAGUGGCCGACUUUGUGGACCAUCAUCCAAUUGUUUUCUGGAACUUAGUGUGGUAUUUUAGGCGUCUUGACUUGCCAAGUAACUUACCUGGAUUGAUUCUUUCUUCUGAGCAUUGUAACAAGUAUUCAAAGAUUCCUCGCCACUGUAUGUCUGAAGAUAGUAAAUACGUUUUAAUACAAAUGUUAUGGGAUAAUAUGAAAUUACAUCAGGACCCAGGGCAGCCCUUAUACAUCCUCUGGAAUGCCCACAGUCAAAAUCGUACUCUUUUGUUUGAGACCCAAAAGUAUCCAAUGGUCCAUUUACUGCAAAAAAGUGAUACCUCAUUUAACCAGGAACUAUUGAAAAGUAUGGUAAAAAGUAUUAAGAUGAAUGAUGUCUAUGGACCCAUGAGUCAGAUUCUAGAGACACUGAAUAAGUGUCCACAUUUUAAAAGACAGAGGAGUUUAUACAGAGAAAUACUGUUUCUCUCACUUGUGGCACUGGGAAGAGAAAAUAUUGAUAUAGAUGCAUUUGACAAAGAGUACAAGAUGGCAUAUGAUCGUCUCACACCUAGUCAAGUCAAGAGUACACACAACUGCGAUAGACCACCAAGUACCGGGGUGAUGGAAUGCCGAAAAACCUUUGGAGAGCCUUACCUUUAAGAUGUGUGUGUGUACACUCAGUACAUAUUGUAUAGUCAGUGUACAGAGUAGCACUUUUAGACUCUAAACGUUUUUCUUCAGUUUUUGAGAAUGCAUUCCUAAAUGCUUUGGAAGGUUCUGGGAGCUUAUGUAUUAUGUACAGAUGUUUUCAGAAGAGAGUGAUGACAGACAGGGAGAAAGCCAUUUUGUUUCCCAUUUCUUCAUUCUUUUUUCUUUACCUCCCUGUAACAAGUAAUUAUUUUUGUGAUGAGGAAAUCAAAAUUGAUUGCUGUGAAAUAAGACAACUUUUUUAUGGUUGGAAAAAUCAUGUAUGAAACUUAGGCAGAAAUGUAAGACUAAAGACCUCCUCUUUUCAUAGACUGUUCAGAUUCUCACCAGGGAGUUGUAUUAUACAUAUUUUAAAUUGUUUAUAGUAAGUUGAUAUUUUUUUAAUUUUUAAAUUUAAUAUAGCAAACUUAAAAUGAAUUUGAACUUAUGAAGCAAGUGUUUAUUUUGUCUGCUGCUAUUUGAAGUAUAGUACAGCUGCAGAUCUCUCUAUAUAUAUAUCUCUAUAUCUAUUUUUUUUAUUACUUGGGAGAAUGACUUUAAAAUGUCAGUGCUAGUGUCAGUGUUGUCCUAGGAUUGCAUGUUAACAUCCCUAAGCUAACUGUGUGAGCGAGUCACCGAAGGGCAGUGUGCCCAGACCAACUCACUGCGCCUGUGCGGGGAGAGUCAGGUGGCUCACUAUGUCAUGAUUCCAUAACCUCCUCUACUGCUGUAAUAUGUACAAUACACAGGGAAGAUACUCACAAUCCAAAUAUCAAUUUAAAUUUUAAUAUCUACCUUGGGAACUAUGGUAGACAAUUGACUCUAUUCCACAUUUCAUCCUUAUUUUAAUAUCUAAAAUGUUGGGUGUGAUGCAAAUUGUACUAUAAAUAUUUAUCUGAAAUAUGGUUUACUGGGGUAUUCUGUUAAUACUAUAUAUAAAGAUUCAAAGUAUUUUUUGAAAGUAGAAAUACAGUAUCCCUCUGAAAGUACAGCCAGAUAGAAUUUCCCAUAUUGAGGAACCUAGCUUUUCAACAGACUUCAGAAUCUGAAGUUUAUGGAAUCUAAAACACAGAAAUAUCCAUAAAUUAGACAAUAAAUUGAAUGUUUA